GCUAAUCUGAGGUUGACUGGAGACAGACUUUUGAAGGCGUCGCGCAAAAGUCGUCUCCACCUGCACCAGCUAAACCAAUCUCUUUGUUAGCGCAUCCAACUGUGCUUUUGCUUCAACCUCACUUUCCUUCAACUCUUGUGUGUAUUGUCUCUGUAACUUCAGGGCAUGAAUAGGGACCCUAAGCAGGCCAUUCUCGCGCUCGCCUUGUCCUACGCCACCUUCCAGCUCACGACGCAAGUCUUUAAUCCAACCACAAGCAAAAGACAAUCCCUGGUCGCGACGCCAACGUCGCCAGCCUCUGAUUCACUAUGGCGGCCCCAAAGAUGACCAAGAACCAGAUGCGAAGGGCCAAGAAGAAGGAGCAGAAGAAGGCUCAAGCAGAGGCUACCCCUACAAAGACCAAGGAAACCGUCGAGACUACCAACCGUGAAGAAAACGAUGCCGCCGAGUCUACGACGACAGAUCUCGAAGUGAAGAAGGGGUCGACAACCGAAGAUGCCGCCACCACAGAUGGUCAUGCGAUCGAAGUUGACAUGGAUGAGGAGGAUCCCGCAUAUGCCAUGUACAAGGACAUCUUUAACAAAUUCGGCGCGUCGAUGGAAGAGGACGAGAUCGCCAAGGAAGCCAACGCUGGCAAUCAAGGGACAGUGUUCUACGCGGAUGACGACGAGAUUCCAGACGAAGACGAAGAGAACAACGGACAGCCCAAGUUAUCCAAAAAGAAGAAGAAGCAGCUCAACACGAUCUCUAUCGCAGAGCUCAAGGCGUUGGUCAAGGUUCCUGAGGUGGUAGAGUGGCAGGACGUAUCCUCGUCGGACCCUCGACUGCUUGUCCAGAUCAAAGCUCAACGAAACGUCGUGCCAGUACCAACCCAUUGGUCCUUAAAGCGAGAGUAUCUGUCUUCAAAGCGAGGUAUCGAGAAGCCACCUUUCCGACUACCCCAGUUCAUCGCAGAAACCGGCAUUACCGAGAUGCGCGAUGCCGUCCUCGAUAAACAGGCAGAACAGUCGUUGAAGCAGAAACAGAGGGAACGUGUUGCUCCAAAGAUGGGCAAGCUUGAUAUCGAUUACCAAAAACUUUACGAUGCUUUCUUCCGUUUCCAGACCAAGCCCGAAUUGACGCGAUUUGGUGAGGUUUACUAUGAAGGCAAGGAGUCUGAGGUCGAUUACCAACAUUUCCGACCGGGAGACCUCACCGAGGGUACUAAGGAAGCCCUGGGAAUGCCUCCUGGCGCACCACCACCAUGGCUCAUCAACCAACAACGGUUUGGGCCUCCUCCAUCCUAUCCUACUCUGAAGAUUCCUGGACUGAAUGCGCCACCACCCGCUGGAGGCUCAUGGGGCUUCCAUCCUGGCGGUUGGGGCAAACCCCCAGUUGAUGAGUUCAACAGGCCUUUGUUUGGCGGUGAUGUCUUCGGUCUUGCGGCACAGGGUGGACAAGGAGGGGCACAAAUGCACACGGGAGCCGGUGAGCCUGUGGAGAAGAACCUGUGGGGUGAGCUGCAGCCACGAGAGGAGGAAUCAGAGGAGGAGGAGGAAGAGUCAGAUGAAGACGAAGAGGAGGAAGAUGCUGAUAUUCCUGGUGGAACAGAGACACCUAGUGGCCUCGAGACUCCCGGUGGUUAUGCCAGCACAGUGCAGGCCGACUACGGGCAAGGUGUCGAGACGUCUAUUGCUGGUGAGAUGGACUUGCGAAAGGAGCGCCGUGGCUACGACACAGAAGAGUCCAGUGCUCCUCGAUCCGCCUACACCAUCCUGCCAGAGCGCCAAGUUCGCGCCGAGGGGUUCUUCGGCAGUGACAGGGUAUAUGACCUCAAGCAAGCACAAGCAGCUCAACGAGCAGGCGUGCCUGUUCUCGGCGCCGAUGACGAUUCACGCAAGCGCAAGAAGCCUGGCGACAUCGACGUUGCUCUUGAUGUCGACUCGUUGCACAACCACGAUGGUAUCAGCAAAGACGACCUGCGGCGCAAGUUCGAGGAGGGUAGGAAGGAAGAGGGCAUCGGAGCCAAGUGGGCAUAUGACGAUGACCUGAGUGAGAUGAUCGCCCAGGAGAGCAGAAAGAGACAGAAGACUGAGGCAGAGCUCAAGGAGAAGCGGAGGGAAGGCAAGGGCAGAUACUAAUAUUGACAGACGAGAACUGUCAGACUGUACCAUCGAUGGGAACUGGGGUUGGUGACCAGGCGUUUUAAUAUCUUGUUUAUAACGGGGACAGAGCAGCUCAACGGCUAAAAUAGGACGAAUACCAUGCUUCUUGAGGUUUGGAAAAUGCACCAAGGACAUGGUUGUAGAGUGAAUAUCAAACGAGUGACCACGAUGAGACUUUCUCGGUUAGGGAUGCAUUGAGCUUUUAGUUGCUGGCUUUGCUACAGGUAAAACUGAAUAACUCCGAC